CGAAAUCUUCCAAAUCCUUCAUCAGCAGCAGCACGUAACAUCUCUCUCUCUUUCUCUCUCGUCCUAUAGGCUAUUUUUCUCCAAUCAAAGGUCCUUCCUUUCAUUUGCUUUUCAGUACUACGUACUUUCACUUGCUGAUUAAUGGGUAUGUUGUGAAGUAGUUCAUGGUAUUUUCAUUAGAAAAUAAAUAUGUUUCUUGUUCGACUUCUUCUUGCUUCGAACGUCAUUAUGGUUUGCUUUGCGACGUUUGCUUCCGGAGCCUCUAAACUGCCCGUUGAUGAAGUGGAAGCUUUAAGGGACAUAUUUAAUACAUUGGGGAAGAAGGACUGGAGGAAGUUCUCUGAUCCAUGUACACCAUCGACGGCCGGAACAGCUGUGAUGGAUGCUGUUAACUGCAGCAACUGCGUCAUCAAUGGCAGCGAGUCAUACCGCGUUGUGGGCAUAUUUCUCAAAAGACAAAAUCUAACGGGCACUCUUCCUCAAGAUUUGGUGAAGUUACCUUGCUUGCAAGUACUUGACCUCGCUGGCAACUACCUUAACGGUUCAAUCCCUUCGGCAUGGGGCUCCAUGCGGCAACUGGUCACCAUUUCCCUUUAUGUAAACCGGGUAACGGGUUCUAUCCCCAGAGAUCUUGCAAAUAUCAGAACUCUCAGAAGCUUGACGGUCGCGUUCAAUAAGCUUUAUGGAAAUCUUCCUCCAGAGCUUGGGACUAUGUCCUCCUUAGAAACCCUUUCACUCAGCUCGAACAAUUUUACCGGGGAGCUACCUCCUUCAUUUGCAAACUUGACCUCAUUGCAAGAUUUUGAGAUCAGCGACAAUCAAUUUUCUGGACAGAUUCCUGAUUAUAUUCAAAAUUGGAAAAAUCUUACUAGACUAUUUAUUCAGGCAAGUGGUUUGAGGGGACCAAUUCCUCCCCUUGAUCUUUUGAAAAGCUUAUCUGAAUUGAGAAUCAGUGACUUGAAUGAAUCUGAUUCUGAAGUAACUUUUCCACUAAAAAACAUCAACAUAUCACAAUGGAAAACACUGAUAUUGAGGAAUUGCAAUCUUACUGGACAACUACCCGAUCAAAUAGUAGAUCCCCGGAAAACGGACUUUAAAACCUUAGAUCUCAGCUUCAACAGACUCAGUGGACGAAUUCCACCCAGCUUUAAAGAACUACAAACUGUAGACCACUUAUACUUAACCCGCAACUUGUUAACUGGACCAAUACCUGCUUGGAUACUGAACUCAACAAAAAAUAUCGAUCUUUCAUUUAACAGCUUUACAAUUGAAAAAUCGAAUUUAUCAUCAUCACGUACUUGUCAAAAUAGGGAAUAUCCCGGGAUCAACUUGUUCAAGAGCUCUUCGAUGGGCAAUGAAACAAUUCUUUCGUGUUCGGGGAGUACUAGCUUACCGAGUUGUAAAACAAAUCGGUCCUCGCUUCAUAUAAAUUGCGGUGGAAGAAAAGUAACCGUUAAUGAAAAUACUGAAUUUGUUGCUGAUAUCGAUAAGGGGGGACCUUCAAAUUUCUACCUCGCACAAGAUGGAGACUGGUUGUCUAGUAGCACUGGUCAAUUUAUGAACCAUCCCCACCCCACAGAAGCCUUCAUUUUGCAAAGUUUAUCCAAACUCACUACGAACACGCCCGAUACCGAACUGUACACUACAGCGCGUUUUUCUCCUCUCUCUCUUACUUAUUAUGCCUUCUGUUUGGUAAGUGGGAAAUACACAGUAAGGCUUCAUUUUGCGGAGAUAGUGUUCACUGAUGAUGAAACGUAUAGCAGCUUGGGAAGACGUAUAUUUGAUAUUUACAUUCAGGAAAAGCAAGUGCGAAAGGAUUUCGAUAUUGUGAAAGAGGCCGGGGGGGUUCGUAAGCCGUAUAUAGAAAGUUUUAAUGCUGUCGUUGUGAAUAAUAGUACCCUACAGAUCCGUUUCUACUGGGCUGGGAAGGGGACAACUGAUAUCCCAUCCAAAGGAGACUAUGGUCCUCUUAUUUCAGCCAUUUCUGUGGAAUUUGACAAUGAACCUUCAAGUAUAUCUAUAGGAGCCAUGGUUGGAAUUAUCGUUGCUGGAGCUUUUGUUAUAAUAUUAUUUGUUGUGGCUAUCCUCUUGUGGAAAGGCUAUCUAGGACAGAGAUCAAGUGCUACUGAUCAUGAUUUAAGAGGCUUAGACCUGAAAACUGGAACAUUCACCUUAAGGCAAAUCAAAACAGCCACAAACAACUUUGAUGCGGCAAAUAAAAUUGGGGAAGGUGGUUUUGGUUCUGUUUAUAAGGGCCUUCUGUCUGAUGGCACCAUGGUGGCAGUCAAACAACUUUCUUCCAAAUCAAAGCAAGGAAAUCGUGAGUUUUUAAAUGAGAUCGGCAUGAUUUCUGCUUUGCAGCAUCCGCAUCUUGUAAAGCUCUAUGGAUGUUGUGUUGAAGGAAAUCAAUUGUUGCUGGUAUAUGAGUACAUGGAAAAUAAUAGCCUCGCUCGUGCUUUGUUUGGGCCAGAAGAAUAUCAAUUACAAUUGGAUUGGCCAACAAGACAUAGGAUUUGUGUCGGUAUAGCAAGAGGUUUGGCCUAUCUACAUGAAGAAUCAAGGUUGAAGAUUGUCCAUAGAGACAUCAAGGCUACUAAUGUCUUGCUUGAUAAAAAUCUCAACCCUAAGAUAUCCGACUUUGGUAUGGCCAAGCUUGAUGAAGAGGAUAAUACCCACAUCAGCACCCGAAUUGCUGGAACUUAUGGUUAUAUGGCACCUGAGUAUGCAUUGCAUGGUUAUUUAACUGACAAAGCAGAUGUUUAUAGUUUUGGGAUUGUUGCCUUGGAAAUUGUCAGUGGGAAGAGCAACACGAGUCAUCGGCCUAGGGGGGAAUCUCUACAUCUUCUUGAUUGGGCACUUGUUUUGAAAGAGAAGGGAAAUUUGUUGGAUUUGGCUGAUCCAAGAUUAGGCUCAAACUACAGGAAGGAAGACGUUAUGCGCAUGAUUAAUGUGGCUCUCCUAUGCGCUAAUGUUUCUGCAGCAGUCAGGCCUACUAUGUCCUCAGUGGUUAGCAUGCUUGAGGGCAGCGCUGUUAUUCCUGAGUUGGGUCCAAAUUUAAGUAUCGUUGAUGAUGAAAUGAAAGUGAAGGCAUUGUGGGAUCAUUUUCAAGAUAAGAAAGAAUCCAGUAUGGGAAAUAGCCAGACCCAAAGUGUAUUAACGGAUGACCAAUUCACCGGUACCACUUCAUCUACGUCUGCCGUUGAUCUAUAUCCAAUCAAUAUGGAUUCUAGUUACUGGGAGAAAAGAGUUUAGAUGAAUGAGCAAUAUUACUUUUUAUUCUUAAUUAGAGUGUAUCCUUAAUCGCACUAAUUGUUGCGACAUAUUUUAGUACUUAAAUAAAAAAAAAUCCUUUAAAAAAGGAACGAUUGCAGCUA